AUGCAGAACAUUCAAUCUUUCGAAAAUAUUUUGAAAAAGGUUAAAAACUACACUAAAUUCAUAUCAAAACUUAAAAGCUAUAAAAUAAAUCUUAGCACAACAGAAGUUAUAAAUCAAUAUACGCGACUAACAGAAGAAUUUGAUGCCUGUGUUGAUGAAUUGCAUUUUGUUAUCGACGUUACUGAUAGAAAUGAUAUAGAAGAUGCUAAAAUAAUCGAUAAAGCUCUAAUUGACGAACUUGACAAUAACCAACUUAAUGUGAUAAAUUUAGCUCAAAGAAUAAAUCUCAUACCCGAACAACCGAAUAGUUAUCGCAUGCAAAAUAUUCGUGAAAUUGAUUUAGAUAAUCCUCUCAUCAAAAUUAAUAGCGAUAUUCGUG